GAGACACUCCUUUCCAGCGUCGAGGUGUAGUGAAGUCGUUUCUUUUCUCUGUGGCUCGGGAUGUGUUUGGUUUAUUGCCGGGCCCCCGGCGUGCUGCUCCUUUUGGCCCACCUCCUCCUGAGCACCAGCUGCAGUGUAGAGCCCGUGGAUGAAUGGGAGAAAGAACCUGCGUAUUGGAACGAUCAGGCCAGGAGGACUUUGCAGGCUGCCCUUACGCUGCCACUACGAGCGCACCGCGCAAAAAACAUCAUCCUCUUCCUUGGUGAUGGGAUGGGUGUGUCUACGGUUUCAGCCGCCCGUAUACUGCGAGGUCAGAUGGAAGGACAGUCGGGGGAGGAGACUGUUUUGGCCAUGGAUACAUUUCCAUAUCUUGCCCUGUCAAAGACUUAUAGUGUUGACAAGCAAGUGGCGGACAGUGCCAGCACAGCUACUGCUUACCACUGUGGUGUGAAGGCUAAUGCCAAGACGGUGGGUCUGAGUGCCAAAGCCGUGGCCUAUGAGUGCAACACAACUUUUGGCAAUGAGGUUUUCUCAGUGUUACAUCGCGCAAAAACACAAGGAAAGUCUGUCGGCAUUGUGACCACCACUAGAGUCCAGCACGCUUCACCUGCUGCUGCCUAUGCCCACUCCGUCAGCCGCAGCUGGUACAGUGAUGCAGACGUGCCCUCCGCCGCCCUCCGACAGGGCUGCAAAGACAUCGCCACGCAGCUGGUGACCAACACUGACAUUGAUGUAAUUCUUGGCGGUGGCCGUAUGUACAUGACACCCAAGGGUACGCCUGAUCCAGAAUACCCCUCUUCAUCCUCUCGCAAAGGGGAUCGCAAAGACAAAAAAAACCUCAUUGAUGUUUGGCUAAAGGCUCGUAAGGGAAAGAAUGCCCAGUAUGUUUGGAACAAAGAGCAGCUUAAUGCAGUGAAUGUUAAAACAACAGACUGCCUGAUGGGUCUGUUUGAACCCAAGGAUAUGAGAUUUGAAGUGUUUAGGAAUCAUACCCGUGACCCAUCUAUUGUGGACAUGACAGAGAAAGCCAUUCAGAUCCUCAGCAAGAAUCCUAAAGGGUUUUUUCUCUUUGUGGAAGAUGAGUAUUUAUCAUUUGCUGUGGUGUAACUGUUUUAUCAAGAUGUUCUGCUAACAACGAAACUUAUCUCUGUUUGUGUUGUACGAGGUAGAAUAGACCAUGGACACCAUGAUGGAGUUGCCAAGCUUGCUCUGACUGAAACCAUCAUGUUUGACCAGGCAAUUCAG